CAAUAUUGUGUAUCAUUUUAGGUAAUCAUCUGCUAUGGACGGGGACCUUUAUGAUGAGUUUGGUAAUUACAUAGGUCCAGAAUUAGACAGUGAUGAUGAUGAUGAUAGCGAUGACUCUGGGGACCAAGAUGACGUAGAAAAGUACCCAGAUUACGGAGGUGCGGAUGACGAGGAGGCUAUGGAUCAAGAUGACGAAGAGGCCUCCGACAUGCAGGUUGUUCUUCAUGAAGAUAAGAAAUAUUAUCCGACACCGGAGGAGGUUUAUGGGCCAGAAGUCGAAACAAUAGUUCAAGAAGAAGACACUCAGCCUCUAUCAGAGCCCAUCAUUGCUCCAGUGAAGAAGAAAAAGUUUUCCAUGGCAGAACAGGAUUUACCAGAUACUGUAUACAAUAUGGAAUUCUUGGCAGAUUUAAUGGACACACCUGAGUUAAUCAGAAAUGUUACACUUUGUGGACACUUACAUCAUGGGAAAACUACAUUUGUAGAUUGUCUGGUAUCUCAGACUCACCCUGAGAUCAACGUGAAAGAUGAUAAAGAUAUAAGAUAUACAGACACUUUGUUUACAGAAAUUGAGCGUGGUGUGAGCAUCAAGUCUACACCGGUGACGUUGGUACUGCCGGACACGCGGAACAAAUCCUACCUUGUCAAUGUGUUUGACACACCAGGUCAUGUCAAUUUCUCAGAUGAAGUAACUGCGGCCUUACGGAUAAGUGACGGCGCUGUCAUAUUUGUUGACGCCGCUGAUGGGGUGAUGUUGAACACGGAGAGGUUUAUCAAACAUGCUAUACAAGAGAAGUUACCAGUCUGUGUAUGUAUUAACAAGAUUGACAGACUGAUACUAGAACUGAAACUACCUCCCACAGAUGCCUACUUCAAACUGAGAAAUAUUAUGGACGAUAUAAAUGGAAUUAUCAGUUUAUAUACAGAAGAGGAAGGUGGCCAGCAGGUGUCGCCACUGAUCGGUAACGUCUGCUUCGCCAGCUCGUACUACAGACUGUGCUUCACACUCGGAUCUUUUGCCAAGAUUUACUCUGACACUUAUGGCGGAAUAAAUGAAAAAGAAUUUGCAAGACGUCUUUGGGGUGAUAUUUAUUUCAACAGUAAAACACGUAAAUUUACAAAGAAGCCCCCUAACAGUUCUGCCCAGAGAAGUUUUGUAGAGUUUAUACUUGAACCCCUGUACAAGCUAUUUGCACAGAUUGUCGGAGACGUGGACGAGAGUUUACCUCGGGUUUGUGAUGAGCUAGGUAUAUCACUGACCAGCGAGGAGAAGAAACUCAACAUCCGACCUCUCAUGAGAAUUGUUUGCCGUAGAUUCUUUGGAGACUUUACAGGUUUUGUGGAUAUGUGUGUGGAUCACAUAAAGUCACCGCUAGACAAUGCAAGACGUAAGAUUGAGCAUAUAUACACGGGGCCGAUGGAAUCUGACCUUGCUGAUAUGAUGGUCCAAUGUGAUGCUGACGGUCCACUUAUGGUGCACACCACCAAGUUAUACCCCACCCAAGAUGCCACAUGCUUUCAUGUAUUUGGACGUGUGGUGAGCGGAACGUUGUAUGCAAACCAGGAAGUGAGAAUUCUGGGAGAAAAUUACACGUUACAGGAUGAAGAGGAUUCGAGGUUUGGUCAGAUAGGACGACUGUGGAUCUCAGAAGCUAGAUAUAAGAUCGAGGUGAACAGGGUACCAGCUGGGAACUGGAUCCUGAUAGAGGGAAUAGAUCAACCUAUUGUAAAAACUGCCACAAUUACAGACACGUCGGCUCCGGAGGAGGUACAUAUAUUUAGACCACUUAAAUUCAACACGAGUUCUGUGAUUAAGAUAUCCGUGGAGCCGGUGAAUCCAUCAGAGUUACCUAAAAUGUUAGACGGAUUGAGAAAAGUCAACAAGAGUUAUCCCCUUGUUACGACAAAGGUGGAAGAAUCCGGUGAACACAUUAUUCUCGGUACAGGAGAACUCUACCUGGACUGUGUGAUGCAUGAUCUCAGAAAAAUGUACUCGGAAAUAGAUAUUAAAGUUGCCGAUCCAGUUGUGUCGUUCUGCGAGACCGUUGUUGAAACAUCAUCAUUGAAGUGUUUUGCUGAAACACCAAACAAAAAGAACAAGUUAACGAUGAUUGCGGAACCACUGGAGAAAGGUUUAGCAGAAGACAUCGAGAACGAGAUCGUACAGAUUACGUGGCCAAGGAAACGUCUCGGAGAAUUUUUCCAGACCAAAUACGACUGGGAUUUGCUGGCCGCCAGAUCUAUAUGGGCGUUCGGACCGGAUGCCACCGGGCCUAAUAUUCUCGUAGAUGAUACACUGCCUUCUGAGGUUGACAAAAGUUUACUGGGUGCAGUAAAGGAUAGUAUAGUUCAGGGAUUCCAAUGGGCCACAAGAGAAGGUCCCCUUUGUGAUGAACCAAUACGUAAUGUAAAGUUUAAGAUUCUGGAUGCAGUGAUCGCUCAGGAACCUAUACAUCGAGGUGGAGGACAGAUUAUACCUACAGCUAGGAGAGUAGCAUACUCAGCUUUCCUUAUGGCAACACCCAGGAUGAUGGAACCCUAUUAUUUUGUAGAAGUUUUGGCCCCAGCUGAUUGCGUGUCUGCUGUUUAUACUGUCCUAGCAAGGAGAAGAGGUCACGUGACACAAGAUUCGCCGGUACCUGGUUCCCCACUAUACACAAUCAAAGCUUUUCUGCCAGCUAUAGACUCGUUUGGGUUUGAGACCGAUCUGAGAACGCACACACAGGGUCAGGCUUUCUGUCUGUCCGUGUUUCAUCAUUGGCAGAUAGUACCCGGUGAUCCCCUCGAUAAGAGCAUUCAUAUCCGGCCACUGGAGGCCCAGCCUGCUACCCAUCUAGCCAGAGAGUUCAUGGUGAAAACUAGGAGGAGAAAAGGUUUGAGUGAGGACGUGAGUAUUAACAAGUUUUUCGACGAUCCUAUGUUGUUGGAGUUGGCGAAACAAGAUGUACUACUCAGUUAUCCGAUGUAGAUGUGAAAUUAAAAUUCUUGGAAGUCGAAACAAUUUGGAACAAUUUACAUACUUAUCCAUGGACAUAUUUACAGCAAAUAACAAUGUACUCUUUCACACUGGUUAAGUGAAAGACAGGAAAAUAAAUGCAAAACUAGAUGUACUGAUUAGUUAUUGGAUGUAAAUGUGAAAUAAAAAAUACAAGUUGACGUGGAAGUUUCACGCACUUAUCCAUUGACAUAUUGACUGCAUAUAAUAAUGUACACUUUCACACAGGUUUUAGUGCAAGACAGGAAAAUAAAUGAUAGAUUAUAAACACCGGCAGAACACUACAUAGAAAUAGCUCAGUUGAAAUGUAACAUACGCUGCCAUAGGGUGCGAAAGUAAAUAAUCAAAUACACAGAAUAAAUAACGGAGAUUGCACAAUGGUUUUGAUGCUAAGCUACAUUUACCAAUUUAUUUUAAGUGGUGUUUAUUCUAUAAAGUUUGUGUGUUUUGUUAAGAACAAAUUUCCUUUUUGACAAUGAAGAAAACGCCUGUAUUUAGUGAAGAAAACAUCUGUAUCUAGUGUGAUUAGUGAAGAAUACACCUGUAUUCAGUGAAGGAAAAUCUGUGUUUAAUGUGGUCAGUGAAGGAAACAUCUGUUUUCAGUAAAGUAAGCACCUGUUAAAUGGGGGACAUAUGUAUUUAGUGAACACCUUUGUUUAAGGGGGGGGGGACAUCUGUAUUAAGCCAAGGAAACAUCUGUUUUCAGUAAAGUAAACGCCUGUAUUUAGGUGGGGACAUCUGUAUUUAGUGAAGGAAACAUCUGUAUAAAGGGCGGGAAUCUGUAUUUAGUGAAGGAAACAUAUGUAUUUAGGGGUGACAUUUGUAUUUAGUGAAGGAAACACCUGUAUUCAGUGAGGAAAACACAAGUAGCUGCAGGGCAUAAUCAAAACGAAAAUGCUAUGUACAACAGCAUAUCCUUGCAUGUUCUGAUUAAAAAACAAUAUUAAGGAAAAAAGAAUUCUUUUUGAAUUAUUCAAAAGUAACAUCUUUCAGCAUGCUUUUUGAGGAAAUCUGAAUGAAUUGUAAAUUCCAUAAUAAUAAUAAUAAAAUUUGUUUGUUUAACAUGGAUGAUUAUGAGACAUCUUAGAUUUCAAUGAGAUGAGUUUAGUAACAGAUUUUUUUAAGAAUCUUGUUUGUUUGUUGAUUCAUUAAAUAAAAUUGCAUUACAUUUCGUAACAUUGCAUUGCAUUACAUUACAUUCUUUUGUUGUAUGUUUUAUUAGUCAUUACAUGUUUUUGUAUUAUGAAUGUCUAUCAUGUGAAAUUGAAAUUUAUAGGUCACGUGACAAUAAAAUACAU